AUGACCGCCCCGUCUCUUCCAGCCACUGACCUUCCUCCUGCUCCUGCCGCCUCUGCGUCUGCUGCUGCUGCGUUCGCCGCCGCCGCCGCCGACGACGGCCUCGUGUUCCUCCCGCUCGCGUCCCCCGCGCUCGAGCUGCUGUGCGUCGCGCUGUACCUGACGCUCGCGCUCGUCGCGGCCUGUCGCGGCGCGCGCGCACGGUACGCAGGGCACGCGGUCUCGUCUGCGUUUCCCCCUAACCGCACGUUUCUGCGCCUGCUGGUGCUCUUUGCGCUCACGCGCGCGGCGUCGCUCGUGAGCCACAACGUCGCGCGCAACCUCUUGAACCGCGCCGCGCUCUGCCUCUUCUUCUCGCUCGUGCUGUUCCAGACGCUGCUGUGGAUCGACAUUGCGAACCCCAAGAUCUCGCGCCGCUCGCGCCGCAUUUGGGUCGCGUUCGUCGUGGCCAACGGCCUCUUUUACGCGACCGUCUUGGGCCUCUCGGUCGUCCACGAGGCCAAACUCGCGCGCGCGCAGCACGCGCACGCGGCGCUCGACCAAGCCACGCUCUACACGGGCGUCCUGCCCGUGCUCUUGAUCGCCACGGGCAGCUUUGUGAGCUCGCUGGGGCUCGUGUACUCGACGUGGCGCAUGCGGCGCCGCGUUGCGCGCGUGCUGCGGCCCUCGGGCGACGGUCUCCGCCGGCGCCUCGACGAGCGCGUCGAGCGGAAACUCACGCGCGCGCUGCGCUUCACAGUGCUCGUCAUGGGCACGUGCUCGCUGCUGUUUCUGCUGCGGACGCUCAUGUACAUCCAGCGGCCGUUCUCGCAUCAGGGGUGCGGCCACAUUGCCGACCCCAACGUGUGCGUCGUCGUGGGCUACGCGAUCCCUGAGAUUGUGCCCUGCGCGCUCUUUCUCGUGCUCAUGUGGGAAGUUGAGCCGUCGCUCGAGAUCCCGUCGCGACGGGCCGUGAGUUUCCACAACGAGCGCGUCGCGGCGUCCGAGUCGACGCCGCUGCUCGAGCAGCAGGAAGUCGUGCCCCGACCGCUGCUCGUGGCCGCAAAGGAGUUUGUCCAUCGCGUACGCCGCCCGGCGCCGUCGCCGACCGGGUACUUGCCCGUUGGACGACGACCGAGUCCGCUGUCGCUGGGGCUGGGGAUCGGUGUGCUGGACCGGGCGAGGCGACAGCUCGAGCUGAUGGUGCGCCAGCACUUGGGCGGCGGCGGCAAUCGCGAGCAGCUGCCGAUCGACCGACAGGACUCCACUGGCAGUGCCUUUGGCUCGCCUGUCGAGUGCGACCGGCCGAGCAAGCAGCUAGGACAUGUCGCGGACGACGCGUCGACGCGGCCAGGGUCGGUCACGCCUUGUGUGUGGCUGUCGUUCCAGUGCUUUAACUUGACGCUGCCCUCGAAGCCGUCGGUGCGGUCUUCGUCGUUUGUCGUGCUGCAUCUCGUUCAUGCUGAGACCGGUGCAGUCGUCGCGGAGAUUGGACGGACCGAGAUCUCGCAUUCGGAAGACCCGUGUUUUCACAUGAUGCUGGUCGUCGAAGUGCACGCGCAGGACGUGCUCCGUGCGUCCGUGUACUCUGUCCGCGCGCCCAACUCGCUGGCGGAUUUGAACAGUCAGUGGCUGGUGGGCGACCCGCUCGUACCGGUAUCGUCCUUCAUGAUGGAUGCAGCACCCGUGAUUGGCCGUGCAUCAAUUUUCCCGCUGUACUCGCCCCUGUCGCGGACACGAUCGUCGGGUGAAAUUGUCGUUCGCUGCGAAGCAGAGGUCAAAGGGCUUCAUGCAGGGGUGUUUUCCGGCGCCAUCACGCGAUCGUUCAUGUACAUUGCGGUGAAAGGCGCUGACUCUGAUGACAUGUCGACCUGCAAUGACUCGGCGUAUUCCGAGAUAGCGCAGCAGAUGAUUGAUCUUGCGUCGACGUCUCAACGUGCGCAGGGCAAGAUGCUGGUCGAAGAAGAGCUGAUUGAAAGUGUGUAUACUUGGGAGGUGCCUUACCAACUUCUCCAGUUGAUACUGUCCGAUUUGCUGGUAAAACUCGAUUUACUGAAGCGCGAGAUCGCGCUUGAAGAUGGCGAUGACAGUUCUCCAUCCACUCCGUGCAGCCAGCUGUCAACUCCGACUGUUGGCGAUUGCUCACUGCCGUUGGCCAUCCGUUCUUCUCCCAGGACACUUGGUGCGGUGCAAGAAAACGAGACGGACCACUUGACACAGUCAUGGGAAAACGCGGGGUCGUUCCAAUCAGCUGCAUCUGGAGUGAGCUCGCCGUUUUCAGCUGAAAAUCGGACGAGGCCAGCAAACAGCAUCGGAAUGCUAUCUGAAAUGAUUAUACAAAUUCAAGAUGAUGUUAUCGAGCGAAAGAAACGAAAGUGGCGUCUGGAGCUUGUCAAAACCAUGGAGCAAUACAUCUCGGAGGUGGAGGACUCGAUUUUGCGGUACGGCGCCACUCAGCACGCCGGACUUACUUUCAAGCCAAGCACGAUGAAGGCGGACGCAGACUUACGUUUUCUGGCACUGAACCUUCAUCAGCAAUUGAUGACGGUGGGCAAUGCAGUCCCGACGUCAGAAAAGGACGUACAUUUUGGUGACCAGACGAGUGCAGCGCGAUACGCCCAUCUUGUGAACUCGUUUGUCGGAACGCUCGUGUCGUCUCCUUCGCACAUGUCGAGACAAUCCAGCAUACAUGGACAAGAUACUUACCUCGAUUCAGUUGAAUUCGUUGACGAUGACGAAGAUGAUACAGACGAUAUUGCUUCACCCUACUUGAUAGAGGAAUCGCCACUUGAACCCGUUGAUGCGCUACGUCGGCGCGUGAUUUCGUUCGAUUCGGCGGCAACAAUUGUGAACAAGGGAGCGUCGGGUCAAGAUUUUGCAGUCACGUCAGAACAACGGAAGCUAGCCGAAACCAUUGUCGCAAUGGGAAUCACUGAAGAAGAGUUCCAAAGCAUGUACGGAGGGGACAGAAAGAUUGGUGCAUCCGAUGCGGUUGACAUCGUAGCCGAUAUCAUGGUAGGCCGCUUGGAUGACGGGUUGAAGCUUGCAGUACCAAGCAGUGAAUGCUGCUCCUUGCCACAGGUCCCAAAGUCUGACGUGGACCUAGCGAAAGCGCCGAUUAUGAGCGGUGCGACAGCUAGUGGGAAUGCUCCGUUUUACAAACACCGAAUGUAUGGUACUACGACGGUAGGAGCCUUCGCAGCGCAUGUGUACGGCUUCAAGAGCGGUGGCGUGCGCCAGAUGCGUGAAGAGUUGGAGAGACUUCAUACGCGCCUCGUGAAAGCCGCAAAAGCGAGUUCUGAUCUUACGAUGGACGCGUUGGAGCGCAAGUACAACGAGCUGAAAUGGGAUGUCGAGCGUCGACUCGAGGUGGCAUUUUGUCAGGCAAUGAGCGCGCUCGUCACGUGUUUCCAGCAAACCCUUUACGUGCAUACACACGACCACGGGGACUUUGGUCCUAAUCCACUAAAAGCUUGCUGCGGUAUUGACUACCUCGAAAUGCUCACGAGAGUCGGCUUUUUGUUCUCUGUGGAGAGCUUGCUGUCGACGUACGGCAACGAGCUUGGAAUGCUGGGUGAUACUGAGACAGCGGUCAAAGAGCUGGGGCGGGUGCACAUUAAGCUGCGACCUGUGAAGUCUCCGCGCGCAGCGGCGUUCCGUGUCUCUAUUACUUCAGGACCAUCAGGCAUCGUGGUCGAGCUUCCGAUCAUCACACGACGUGCGAGUGAGUUUCCUGAGCGUAGCAUGCACCGAGUUCCAGGCCAGGACGCAGUAUCAGGUGCCAUUUAUUUGCCGCUCUCGACUCCAGAGGAGAGGAUGCGCGCAAAAUUUUUGUUUCAGAAACCUAUUCGGGUCGUGCCAGUGAUCUUUUCGCAGGGAUUGAAUGAAAUGCAAACGGUGGCAAACACUGUAGGCAAAGACUCGUUGCAGAAAGAGAUUAAUGCUGAGAAUGUCGUCGAGUUGGAGGCGUACAUCAAUGAAUUUGCUGGCUGGGUCGCUAAGAAAAAGCUACGAGAUCAAACGUCGACUCCGAUAUACGACACAGAAGACCUUCAUCGGAUUCAGACGUCACUGGCAGCUCUCAAGACAUGUAUUCAAUUAUCAGGGCGGUCGAAGCGCAUGGCGAUCUUAAGUUUGUCGUCAUCCAUCGCCCGUUCGGUCGGUGGCGGCCGCGUGACGAUGUGCAAGUCAGCCAAAGAUCGUACGUCGAUGUCAAUCACGCUUGAAGAAGCUAACCUUCUGGUUCGCUCACACGGCCUUGUUGCUGACGAGGUGGAAGCAUUUACGAACUUGCUUCGGACGCAUGGUGUCCGUCGUGAAAAUGCGCGAAAGAACAUCGGCAAAGCGCAGUAUUGCUUCAGUGCGCUGCAAAACUACAUGCUGCCGCAGGACUAUCAAUGUCCGCCAGGCACCGGAGGUGGUAGUCGAGCGUAUUCGUAG